AUGAAUUUUGUUUUUGUCGUAUUUGUCCUAUUAAUUUCAACCUGUUAUGGUGGAAUUGAUCAAGCAUGUUUGGAUUGUAUAUGCGAAAUUGAGAGUCAAUGUAGUGCAAUCGGAUGUAGCGAAGAUGUUGGUUCACUUUCAUGUGGGUAUUAUCAAAUAAAAGAGAAUUAUUACAUCGAUUGUGAAGAGCCCGGUGAUGAUUGGCAGUCGUGCGCUGAUGAUAAAUCGUGUGCUGACACAUGUGUAGAAAACUAUUUGGAACGCUAUGGGACAUAUUGCACGGGAGGCAGUGAACCGACGUGUGAAGAUUAUGCAAGAAUACAUAAUGGAGGACCGAAAGGAUGCCAAACAGAAGCAACAACAGGUUAUUGGGAAAGAGUUCAAAAAUGUUUGGACAGCAAGAAGUAA